GCAGAAGAAUUUUCUUCUUUUAAUAUAACUUUUUUAUCAUCAAAAUACGGUCAAUUUACUGAAAUGGUAGAUUUUAAAACUGAAGAAAGUGACGAAAUUAUAACUCUUUGCAUUAAAGGAAACAGCAUUCUACCAGCCUUAAAUUUUGAUAAAACUCAUCUUAACUGUGGUACAACAGCUUUAGGAUUCACUUCAGAACAUGAAGUUACACUUUUAAACGACUCUCCAGUAUCCGUAAAAUUAAGUUUAACUAUUCCAGAUGGUAACGAGUCUCCAGUAACUUACGAGUCUUUUACUUAUUCCGCACCAAAUUUAGUAUCAAACCCCAAAGAAUUUUUUAUUCAGCCUCAACAAUUUAUCCUCAGCGCUCAAAGUUCUCGUAACAUUAUUAUCAAUUUUACUCCAAAUAUUGCCCGAGUGUCAAAUACAUGUCUCGAAGUAAAAUUUGAUGGAUUCGACAGUACUCCAGUAACUCUUCCAAUAGUUUUCAAAAGCGAAGCUGCUUCUCUUGAAAUAGAACCAUCUGGAUAUGUGGUUGAAUUUUGCUACAUUAAUUUUCCAUUUACGCUUCACUUUACGAUCAAGAAUAAAUCAGACAUAGAAGGAUUCGCUUACAAUAAAAAACAAUCAUCGAAGAAUUCGGCUAUAUUUUAUUCAAUGUCACGACAAUUGUGGCAUUUAAAAUCAAAUGAAUCCAAGUGUUCAUCAGUAACAUUAAUACCAACUAAAUAUGGAAGGCAAAGCAUUGAGAUACCAAUUAUGACAUUUGGUAGUUUGUAUCCUCAAACUUUAACUAUUGCAUACAAUUGUCAAGGAGCUACUGUUUUGUCAAUUCCUUCAGAACUCGAUUGGGGAGAAGUGCAACUUCUUGAAAAAAAAUCAAUGUCAUUUAAAUUGGUUAAUUAUUCUCCGGUACCAGCUUACUUUGAAACAAUUAUAAGCAAUAGCAAAUCACCUUGGUCACUAUCAACAACUUCUGGUGAAAUAAAUCCUCUUAAAUCCGAAAAUAUAACUGCAACAAUAUUUAUGAGAGAAGGUAAACAAUUAUGUGAUAUUAUAUUCGUUUCAGUAUUGAACGGUUCGACCAUCACAAUUGUGUUAAAAGCUUCUGGCAUCGGAUCACCAAUUAUUAUUGAUCCAAAUAUUUUCCCCACAUUUGACAUGGGUUGUUUUUUUAAUAAACAAAAAAACUGUUUAUCAUUAGUGGUCACGAAUGAAGGCAAUCAGUUAAAAAAAAUUUUUUUUUCUUCAAUAGAAAUCAAAAUGAUGGAAAGUGAUAAACUAAUUACGCAUAGUAAAAAAUUUUUAGUAGAGCCAUUUUUAAUAGAUUUAUUACCACGAAAUAAACAAAAAAUAAAGUGUGUGGUAUAUUGUGAAGAGCUUGGAAAUAUUUCAGAAGAAUGGUGGAUUUAUAGCUUAUUACCAGGUCAAAAAAUGUAUGAGUUGAUUGGAAAAAGUUUGUUUUCGGCAAAGUUUAUCAAACCAUUGAUAAAUUUUAAUAAAAAUAAACUUUCGUUUUUCAUAAACAUUGGGUCUAAUUCAGAAGAAUCAUCAGAGAAGCUCAUCGAUAAAAUUGAAAUUACAAAUACAUCCGAGUUAGAUUUACAAGCGCAUGUUUCUAUCAGAACACCGUUCAGUUUGCUUACAGAUAAAAAUUUAUAUACUCAAAGCAUUGUAGUAAAUUUUUGUCAUAAUUUAGCAAGCAGUAUACAGAUUUGUUUUACACCUCUGAUAAGUGAUUCGCAGUAUUCUUCAAAAAUAUACCGAGACAUCUUAAAAUUUGAGUAUGAGUAUCCAAAAGUCGACGAAAUUGAAUGUGAAGCUGUGAUAAUAUAUCCUAAUAUAAUUAUUGACCCUGAUAGUCUACAAUUUGACUUAAUUUUAGGGAGUAUAGUUGAGAAAGAGAUUACAUUGAUAAAUGAAGGACCGGUCACUGCUUAUUACCAAUUUUACUGGGCCAAUGAAAAUAUUGAAUAUUUAAAAAUAAAAUCUGUUUCUCUUACUUCUGUCAAUAGCCCAACCAAAUUAACGACGGAUGAAAUGGAUUUAGAAAAUGGAUUCGAAAUAUUUAAAAGGAAACUUUCUGAAGAAAGAGUUGAAAAUUUUAUUAAACUGUUGCCAAUGGAAGGAUUCGUUCCGCCAAUUUCUAAAAAGUUAAUUACUUGUACAUUUUACACUCAAGAUCCUUUACUUAUAAAAGCGAAAUUACAAUGUCAAGUUUUAAAAGGACCUUUAAUAAGUAUUGAAGUUGAGGCAAAAGCAGAUACCGUGAGAUACCAUUUAAGUACAAAAAAUAUUAAUUUCGAGAAUGAGAAUCUUACGAGAAUUUUUUCAAUAAAUCCAAAGAAAGGGUUCAUCAAAUCAGGAGAAACUGCUGUGAUUAUACUUCAAUAUAAACCAAUUAUUCCAGGAUACGUUGAAGAAUUUUUUUACCUCGACAUUGAAAAUUUAUCGCCGGUUAAAAUUAGUAUGCAAUGCCAUGGAAUAUUUCUUCAAGUGUAUUUACCGUUACCAAGGGCUGAUAAUGAUAAUUUAAUUUGUGAUGAAUAUUGCGCUCUUCAAUAUUUUGAAGAUUUGAAUAAUAACGGAGAAUUAAACAACAAAAAAAACAGCUCACAAAUAAUUUCAGAAGCUGAUCUAUCAAGACUUACUUCAAAUGGAUGGUAUGUAGUUAAUUGCUAUGAAUUACCGCAAAUUGUGGACAUUAAAAUGUUUAUUGAAAGAUAUUUUGCAACGGAAUUCAUAAAAAAAAAUAAUACACCUUUAGACGAUUAUAUUGUUACCUAUGUCCUAAAUUUAGGAUAUGUUGUGGCUGAUCAAUUGACUAGUCAUUCUUUGACGAUAUUAAAUUAUUCUCCUUGCAAAUUAUUCAUCGAAUUAAAGCAACCAAAAAGUCAAAAGUAUUUAUCAAAGUAUGGCAUUACAAUUAAAUUUGAAAACAGAAUUCUAGAGCCUGCGGAACUUUGUGUUCUUGAAAUUUCAAUUAAUCCAUCAAGCAAAAUUUUUCUUGAUAAAACUGAUGAAAUUAGAAGAGAAAUUUUUAUUGAAGUCGCUCAUGGUUGUAAGGUUUCUAUCUUAAUAAUAGGAGUUAUCACGUUUCCGUCCUUAAAAACAAACACAAACUAUAUUGACUUUGAAAAUAUUUUUAUUGGAGAAUGUAAAGAGACACCAUUGUUAAUUGAAAAUGAUGGUUUGAUUGAUUGUCGUUGGAGGAUAAAAUUGUCUGAUGAAAAUUUAAUGUCAAGCUCGUUUUACUUAAUUGAAACAGAGGGAAUCACUUCUCCUAAACAACAUAUAGUAAUUAAUAUCCGUUUCAAACCACAUAAAUCUGGUUACCACGAGACUGACUUAAUUAUUUUUAUAGAACAAUCCUGUGAGUCUAUAAAAAUAAAAUUAAUUGGCAGAGGAGUAGAACGUAAAUUAAAUAUCAGUGAACCUUCAAUUGAUUUCUUCGCAAAUCUUCAUAACUCAUCAAAAGAGCAUAUUUUUUAUGUUGAAAAUCCAAAUGUUUGUCCAAUUGAAUUUUAUUGGGAGCAUUUAGAUAAAAUAAGUAAUGAAGAAAACAAAAUUAUUCACGUAUUGCUUACUUAUUAUCAGGCUAAUGAAAUUUUUCUACCAAUAACGAAAAUUGCAUCACAGCUUCCUCAGAAACUUUACGAAUUUUAUUAUUACUUGGUUGAUAAUGCAAAAAGUAGAAAUAUUAAAAAGAAUAUAAAUAAUCUAAGUGACAAAUUUGUCAAUUCAAACAAUUCGUGUAUGACUUCAGAAUAUAAAGAUAUAAAAGAGUCAAUUUCUUGUGAUGAAACUGAGAGCUUGAUUUAUUUUUAUAUUAAUAAUCUUCAUAACCAAGAUGACUUCUGGAAAACUCGUAAAGACCCAAUUAAAGAAAUAAAUGAUGAUUAUUAUUAUUAUAAAUUAUUGACUAAAAAAAUUUGUAUUGUAUUUCACGGAGCACCCUUUACUUCUUAUCAAGAAACUGCGUGUCGAGCUGCUAGAAAAAUGAACUUACCAUUAUUAAAUUUGAACACUGUAAUUACUGAAUUUAUUGCUUUGAAAAAGUCACCGAGUGCGAUCAAAAUUAAGAAAAUAAUAUAUCAAAAGUACGAAGCGUUACUGGCUACCGUAAAAGAUCAAUUAGAAAACUUUGAGUUCACCACAAAAAUUAAUGAUUCAACUCACAAAGAAAAAAUAUACAAUCAAGAAGUCAAAAUUAACAAAUUGAAAAAUGAAUAUUUAUUCAACUUUUCUAAACCGAAAAUAAAUUAUCUCAUUGAUAGUUUACAAACCAUUCCUAGUAUUGAGGAAUUACAUUCUAUGGAUCCAUUUAGUUGUUUAGAGUAUAAAAUCGAAGGAAUAAAUUUGAUAGAAAGCAUUAUUAAUUGUAAAAAAAAAUUAAUCGAUAAAUCAAGUAUUAAAAUCAAAAAAAGAAGAUCUAAAUCUAAGCAUGGAGAAACUUUUCUUGAUAUUGACCUAAAUCUAUUUAAAGAAAUUUUAAAAGAAAUAUUAGAAAGUGAUCAUUUUAGAAAAGGUUUUGUUCUUCAAACUUUAGCUAAUAAUUUUAUAACUUCAAAUCACGACUUUGAAGAUCAAAGUGUCAUUACUGAAAAAAAUUUAGAUCCAAUUAUCAAAACAGUUGAACAAAACUGUUCAGGAAAAUUGUUUACAGUAAAUAAAAACCACAGAAAAUCAGAUUCGGAGUCGAACAUUUGCAAUAAACAAGAAUCGAAAAGAAAAUUAAAAAGUCCAAAAAGCCAAUCCCUAUGUGAACCUAUUUUAUUUGAAUUGAGUGAUAAAGAAGACGAAAUCAAAAAGAAAAAGAAAUCAAAAUCUGUGGUUAAAGCGUUUAAUACUUAUAACUCGAAUUUAAAAUCAAUGUUAAGAAUAAUAGACAAUUGGAUAUCUGCAUCAGAUAUGAAUGAUGGUCAUCGAUGGCAUGCAAAAUUUAGCGAUCCCUGGGACCCUCGAAUUUAUGAUUUGAUAAUCCAUCAACUACUCGAGAGUGAUUUUGUCAAUAAAUUAUCUAUUGAACAAAUGCGAGGUCUAACUCUUAAUUCUAAGUUCUACAGAGUCCUAACGAAAACACAACAAAGAAAAUUAUCUAACAGUGAUGACCAAGUAUUCAAAUUGUAUUCUUUACCAAAUUUUAGUACAAAUGAUAUGUCUGGUACACAAGUUGAGGGCGUUGAACCACGUUUUGCUAUGCAACCUGGUGAAGUUAAAUACUUUAAAAUUGUUUUCAAUCCUGAAAAUAUCGGUACUUUCCGGCGAGAAUUUUUUUUAGGUGUUAUUGGGAAUGAUAAAACUUAUAGCAUCAGUGUUAACGGCAUUGUAGAUAAUCCGAUUCUGUAG